UAUCUGAGAGAAGCUGGUGGAUAUAAGGCGAUAAAAAUGGUCCGAGUACACUGUACUAUAUGAUAUCUAACUCGACGGAGGCGUGUUCGCGAUAGUUUCCGGUUAAGUGGGUUUCAUUUAAUUGUAUCUUAACCUUAAUCGAAAGAUAAAUAAUUUUAUUCACUUAGAACGUACCGGUUAAAGAGUUAUACCGUUUAUUGUUAUAUAUUUUUUUGAGAAGACAUCGAAAAUGGCUUUAUACAGCUUAAAAAGCAAUCUCCAAUUGGCAACAUUGAAAACUCUCUCGCUGGUCUCCAUAAGCGUAAUGUCACCACAGCAAAGUGUCCAGGAGUUGUUCCGAACAACUGAUUGUAUAUGUUUCGACGUUGACUCCACUGUCAUCCAGGAUGAAGGCAUUGACGAACUCGCCAGGUUCUGUGGCAAGGGAGAGGAGGUGAAGAGAUUAACUGCCGAGGCAAUGGGUGGUAAUAUGACGUUCCAGGAAGCACUUAAAAAGAGGCUGGAUAUAAUAAGACCUAAUGUCAAUCAGAUUAAGGAAUUCUUAGAAACUUUUCCCAUCCAUCUGACUCCUGGUAUCACUGAAUUAGUCAAAAUGUUACACGAGCGUGGAGUUGACGUUUACCUGGUAUCCGGAGGUUUCAGAAGUUUAAUAGAACCGGUGGCUGUCAAACUGGGCAUCCCUAUAUCAAAUGUCUACGCUAAUAGACUCAAAUUCUUCUUUAAUGGCGAAUAUGCUGGUUUCGAUGAGAAUGAGCCAACAUCGAGGUCUGGUGGUAAGGGUAUGGUGAUCAGACGGCUGAAGGAACAACACGGCUACCAGCGGCUGAUCAUGAUCGGCGACGGUGCCACUGACGCAGAAGCAAGUCCACCCGCCGAUGCAUUUAUAGGUUUUGGCGGUAACGUAGUAAGAGAAGAGGUGAAGAAGAGAUCUGCCUGGUACAUCACAAACUUCCAGGAACUAAUUUCUUAUCUAGCUAUCCAGACUAAAUGAACGACACGUAUAGAACAAAUAAAUGUUUAGGGAAAAUCGACUUUAUCACACUGAUAUGAAGAUCAAAUAUUGCAUGACAAACCGGUACAAAAGAUUGACUCAAUCAUGUGACAAUAGAAAUAAAGAUGAAUUUUCUUUAACUUUAAUAAAAAUGUCUUCCGUCUUUUUUAUAGGAAAAUUGAACCUUAAGUUAUUGGACUAAGUCGCAAUUUGAAUGCAUUUAAAAAUAGAACUUUUAUUUUGUUGUCGGUACUUUGAGUACAAGUUUUAGUAUUUUGAGGACUUGGUCCUGAGUUAAGGUGCUUGAAAUAAUUGUCGUUAUAGUUUUUUUUUAUGUGU